AUGUCAGAAGAAAUAUGGUUAACCAGCUCCAAUAUGGCCCGAUUCCAGUUCUCAAAGCCCUCAACUCCGAUUGACAUACCUGCUUGGAAAAAGCUUAGUCUGUAUGAUGUUGGAAUGUUGGAUCCCCCAAGGGAGGAAGUCAGAGAGGUUGCUAAGAAAGGAAUUGACUGGAAUGAUGCUAACAAUUGGGUUGUAGAGCUAAGAGGUUCUUCACCAAAUUCCUCCAGAACGAGUCUUGUAAUACAUCCAUUUUUUUCCAUGUCUGCUACUGAACAUGUGAUAUUUGACUUCCGGUUUUGUGCACUUCUAGCUGUUGCAGGCUCAUUAGCUGGCUCCUUGCUAUGCUUUCUUGAUGGUUGUGUUUAUGUUGCUGAUGCAUAUAAAAUCUACUGGACAAGCUGCUUGAAAGGAUCUCUUUCAGGGAAAAUGGUGAUGCGUUUGGUUGAAGCAAUAGAUGUGUAUCUUGCUGAGAUAGUUAUGCUGAUAUUUGCAGUGGGUUUGUACGGAUUAUUCAUCAGUAAUGCACCAGAUAGUAUAGCUAGGGCUCCAAACCCGUAUACAUUAGUUGUCACCCUGAAAGAUGCAUCAAACAACAUUAUCGACAGUGAAUCAUGUCAAGUAGGCAUACAACAAAUUUCAAAAGCUCCAAAACAGUUGCUUGUUAAUGAGCAUCCAGUUGUAAUAAGAGGCGUAAAGAGACAAAAACCAUGUGGAUUCGUGGGAAUGAUCCAUCAAGAGUUGUACACUAUGUAUAUUGGGAAGCAAUCGAUAGCACAUUUGGUCUGCAAAGAGGGUUUAUUUGGGAUUAGGUUGACCAGGGGUUACUCAAGGAAAAUGCAAAUGGUAGAAAAUACUGGGCAUAUUGAGGUGACUUUGGAGAUACACCAAAUGACUUAAAUUUCUGCUUAAAUGGUCUCAUAUGGCCUGAUCAGACUCCUCAUCCUACUCUAAAUGAUGAUUACUAUAAUUUUUUGCUUAGUAUUUAGGUUUUUGUUUAGUUAUUUCCAACAAAAAUGUUUCCAUGAUGAAUCUUUUGGUAGAGACAAUGUAUAAGAAUUACUUCAUUGAGCUAAUUAUGAUGCGAUCCUUUGUUUAUUUGUUUUUAGAGGUCAAGUAUUGCUAUCAACUAAUUAAAAUUUCGUUCACCAAUGAUGUAAUUAAGAUUACAAACACCAAUUUCUUUCAAACAACAGAAGAUCUAUAGUUUUAAUUGGGUGAUUGAAGGUGAUUUUGAUUCUUGAAACGAGAC